ACUUCUAUGAUAUUUACAAAUUUUCCAAGAUUAAGGGUGUACUAAGUGAGAAUUUGACGAUAAAUGAAUGGAGAUUGGCGCCUACACAGUGAAAAUUUCCACAUCUGCAGCAGCAGCAACAGAUGAUUGCGGAAUACGUGCACCCCCAUUUUAUUUAUCCUAAUUAAAAAACAGCCCAAUCAUAUUAUCUCACAAACCAAUCAAUUCUUUUUUUUUCUCUUUCUUAUUUCUCUCUUUCCUUCUCCCACUUCAUUUCUUCCUCCUCCAUUCACUCCACCCAAACCACUUUCAUCAUAAUAUCCCUUCUUCAUCCACCAUUUUUUUUCCCAUUUUCUUAAUGAGAUUAAUGGGAAAAUAUUUAAUUUAAUACUUUUUUAAUUUUUAAUUCUUAAUAAAAAAAGAAAAUUUACAAAAUGGCAUCAUACUAUAAUCACACCCAUCAUCAUCAUAAUCAUAAUCAAGAAACAAAUACACAAAUCCAAGACCAAAAUUCAAAUAAUUAUCAUACACUAAUUCUCAUGAACCCAAAUUUAACUAAUCCUUACCAACAAUUUGUCCAUAUCCCAACUUCACCCGGCCCGCAACCAAAUAAUAUAACCCUGUACGGAUACCCAUCUCAUGAAGCGAGUGACAUCCCACGCGCUAGGCAAGGACUCUCCUUAACCUUAUCUUCUCAAAACCCCGCCCUAGGUGGGACCCAUCACGGUUUAGUUUUGGGAUCAAAAUACUUGAAGGCUACUCAAGAAUUACUUGAUGAGGUAGUUCAUGUUGGUAAUGAUAAUAAUUCUGAUGGUUUACCCAAAAAGGAGAUUUCUGAUGAUCAGAAAGAAAAAAUGAGUUUUGGUGAUGGUGGUAGUGUGCAGCUGAGUACAGCAGAUAGACAGGAGAUUCAGAUGAAGAAAGCUAAACUUGUUACCAUGCUGGAUGAGGCAGAGCAAAGGUACAGGAAAUACAAUCAUCAAAUGCAAAUAGUAAUAGAAUCAUUUGAGCAAGCAGCAGGAUUAGGAUCAGCAAAGACAUACACAUCACUGGCACUAAAGACAAUAUCUAAGCAAUUCCGGUGUCUAAAAGACGCCAUUCAAGCCCAAAUCAGAGCAGCUAACAAGAGUUUAGGUGAUCAUCAAGAAUCAUCUGGUGGGAAGAUUGAAGGGUCUAGAUUGAAAUACAUUGAUCAUCAGAUUAGACAGCAGAGAGCACUCCAACAGCUUGGAAUGAUUCAAAACCCUACUGCUUGGAGGCCUCAAAGAGGAUUACCUGAGAGAUCUGUUUCUGUUCUUCGUGCUUGGCUCUUUGAACACUUCUUACACCCGUAUCCCAAGGAUUCUGACAAGAUUAUGCUUGCCAAACAAACUGGACUCACUAGAAGUCAGGUAUCUAAUUGGUUCAUAAAUGCUCGUGUACGUCUAUGGAAGCCAAUGAUUGAAGAAAUGUACACAGAAGAACUGAAGGAACAAGAACAAAAUGAUGGCAUAUCAGAGGACAAAUUACAAGAAAGGAACAAGGAAAACUGCAAUAAUGAGGCAAAUCCAGCCAUUUUAGAUCAAAUUUACAAUCAAGACAAAACCCAUGAACCUAAAACCUACAAAGAUCCAAACAAUGUUUCAAUAGAAGGUGGGAUUCCCCAAAGAAGCCCCAAAAGACAAAGAAAUGAUGAAGUUAUUGGGUAUAACAAUGGGACUAAUAAUGGAGAAAUGAUGAUAAAAUUUAGGAAUGAGAAGCAAGAAAGGGAGACUGAAACUGGGUAUGCCCUUAUUUCAGGGGGUAUGAACUUUUUAGGGGGUAGUGAUGAAUUGGGAACAUACCCAAUUGGAGAAUUAGCUAGGUUUGAUACAGAGGAUUUUAGUCCACCACCAAGAUACCUUCAUGGGAAUGGUAUUUCCCUUUCAUUAGGACUACCUCCUUGUGAUAAUCUUUCCAUUACAAAUCACACAAUUCUAUCCCAAAAUCCGAACAUUCAGUUUCGACGAGCGAAUGAAUUUGGUGCAAUGCAAAGCCCUCCUUCUGGACACUCGAACGCAGCUGCGUUCGAGUGUGUUGAUGUGCAAAACCGGAAAGGGUUUGCUGCUCAGUUGCUACCUGACUUUGUAGCUUAAAAGAAAGAUCAGGUAAGAAAGUAUUUGUUAGUAUAUAUAGGAUUAUGAUUAUUAUAGAAGGGUAUUGAGAAUGUAUAUUAAUUUUGUAGCUUAUUUACAUUAUAUGUGUAUGGAUCGUAAAUAGAUUGGAAAGUUAUCAGCUUGCAUAAGGUUUAAUUUCAGUUAUAUAUGGUAACUCUGGUUUCUGUUGCAAUAAUAAAACGGUACUUUUAUUUACUAA